AUGCCAGAACAAGGCUCCUAUCUCCCUGUCCCCGGCGCAGCCCUCUACUACAACCUCAUUGGCACAUCCGGUCCCCUCCUCGUCCUCGUCCCAGUCAGCAACGGCACAACCCUAUUCUACGAAUCUAUCACCUCACAUCUAGCGUCGCACUUCCGCAUCCUCCUCUACGACCGUCGAGGAUAUCAUCGCAGCCGCGCAGACAACCGUCCAAAUAAAGAUGAGCUGUAUGCAACGCAUGCUAGAGACGUUGCUGCGCUGAUACAGCAUGUUUCGUCGUCGACAACGGAAUGCGAUAUUGAGCCUGCAUUUGUGUUUACGUCCUCUGCGAGUUCGGGCGUUGCGACGGAACUUCUUCUGAACUAUCCGCAGCUCGUCCAUUCCAUCAUACUCCACGAACCAGCCUUCCUGCCUAUAAUUCCCGACCCCCUGAGAUCGAAAAUCGCCCAAAUCGGAACCGACAUCGCCUUGAAAGGGAGCAAAAAGGACCUCCGUGGCGCAAACGCUUUGAUAAACACCCUCCUCUACAGAAACGCAGAACUACAAUCCUUCAAAGACUGUCCCGUCUUCGCGCAGAUCCCAGCCGUUUUCAAACCUGCUGAUAUGAUCUACUACCUCACGAAUGAGGUCCUCGCGACAAGGGACUAUCUUCCUGAUCUUGAUAAGUUGAAAGCACAAGCUGCGAAGGGAAAGGUUAAGCUGGUACUUGGGAGGGAGGAGUCGGGGCCGUUGGCGAGGACACCUGCGAAGGCUCUGUCAAGGAUUUUGGGAGUGAGGGUUGGGUUGGCGCCAGGGGGGCAUGUUGGGUAUGUAACGCAUGCGAGGGAGUUUGCUGAGUGUUUGCAGAAGCAGUUGGUGGGUGACGAGGCGAAGUUGUGA